ACAAAAUCAGCGCAUAUGAAUAGAGAAGAAAGUGAGAUUAAUUUGAUUUUUAGUCAAGAAGAUAAUGAAAAUUUAAUUACUACUCCUACAACUAUAACUAUUACAAGUACAGCUACUACAAGUACAAUUAAUACUCUAUAA